AUGUUGUUUUCUUCGAAACCGACCACAACUAGUCAGAUUUUGAUAGGCUCUUUGACCACAUCGUGCAUCAUAUUUUUGAUUUCCAUCUCAGCAAUUGCUUUCAUCCUUCAAGAUGUCACUUCACUUUUUGGAGAGUUAGAAGUGGAAAUGUCGAAAUUAAAGUAUGAUACAAGAAUCGCCUGGUCUGACAUACAAUUUUUCAUCAGAGACGUUGCUCAAGUCGACAGAAUCAGAAGAGAAAUCAUGCAACAGAAAGCCGACUAUACGGGAUAUCAAGCUCAAGUAACUGUUUCUGAUUUUGCAAACGAUGGAUCUGGAGAGUUCCCUGAUGAGAUUCUUACCCUCCAAAGAAGCGAACCCAUGAUGCCAAGCUUCGGGCCCAAUUGUGCGUGUUCCUCAUCUCAAUCGUGUCCUCCUGGUCCACCUGGUCCACUAGGAGAACAAGGGAUCGAUGGGGAUGAUGGAAUUGAUGGAGUAGAUGGAUACGAUGGAUUUGAUGCACAUUCAAGCAUUCCAGCUAGACCUUCGAAAGCUCCAUUCACUUGCCCUCGUGGUCCACCUGGUGACUCUGGGCCAGAAGGACCACGUGGUAAACGAGGACUUCGUGGUCCUCGAGGACGUCCUGGAAGGCCAGGAAUCAAUGGAAAUCCAGGAUUCCCUGGUGAUAUUGGUGCUCCUGGACAACCUGGACCAGAUGGAAUCGUUGGAGAAAGAGGUGUGAAUGGUGUGGAUGGAGUUAUCUAUAUACCGAGACAAGGUGUGAAAGGAGCUAUGGGUCAACCUGGAAAUGAGGGUCAGCCUGGAAAGAAGGGAAAACCAGGAUUGCUGGGAAGAGAAGGAGUUCAAGGAUAUGAGGGAAUGAAUGGAUUGAGAGGAAUCGAAGGAAUUGGAGGACCAGUUGGACCUCCAGGACCGCAGGGGAAACCCGGAGCAGAUGCGGCGUACUGUCAAUGUCCGAAUCGUGGAGACUCAGAAGUUAAGGAAUACGUUAUUCAGGGCUCCGGAGACUCCGUUCCACCACUGUUACAUUGA